AUGUGUCAAAUGCUUGCUCAGCUAUGUUGGAAACUAAAAGUCAUAAAGAGUGAUCUGAGAGCACUAAACAGAGAAAAAUUUUCCCAAAUACAAGAGAGAGUUAGUGAGGCUAACAAUUUGCUUCAAUGUGCGCAGGUGGAGGCCCUGUUGAACCUGACGACUGCUACUUUCCUAGCGGAGAAGGACCUGCAACAAAACUGGACUUUUUUGAGGCAGAUUGAAGAGAUGUACUUCCGUCAAAAAUCAAGGAUAAAUUGGCUAAGAGAAGGACCCCUAAACACUACUUACUUUCAUCGGAUUUGUCAGGUUCGUGCAAGCUACAACUGCAUACGUGCCUUCAUGACACUCACUGGUGCUCUGAUAACUGAUCCUCUUGAAAUGAGCUUACUGGCGAUCAACCAUUUUCAAUCUGUCCUUGGACCGAUAAACUACCACCCCCCUCCAAUCUUCUCUCAUCCUGACUUGUUCCACGAGAUUUUAGGCUACACUUUCCCUGAAGAACAGACGCAAAGUAUGGUAUCGAUCCUCUUAGAUGAAGAAAUCUCGAAAAUGUUUUUCAGAUUAAACCCCAACAAGGCGCCAGGGCCAGACGGACUAACCUCAGCUUUCUUCAAGUCAUCUUGGGAAACCAUUGAGCAUCAAAGUCAAACCGCUUUCAUUAAAGAUCGACUGUUGGUAGAGAACACUGUCCUAGCAGGAGAACUGAUAAAUGGUUACCACAAGAACAAAGGGGUGAAGAAAAUUACCAUAAAGGUGGAUAUUUCCAAAGCCUUUGAUACCCUCUCGUGGGAAUUCUUAUUCUCAUGUCUCCAUGGUCUUCACCUACCCCCUCAGUUCAUCUCGAGGAUCAGAGCCUGUAUCUGCACUACUAGCUUCAUGUUAGGCUAUAACGGAACGGUCAACGGGUUCUUUAAAGGAAAACGGGGGGUUAGACAGGGUGACCCCCUAUCACCUUACCUGUUUGUGAUUGCUAUGAAUGUCCUCUCACACAUGCUGAACAGAGCUGCAUCGCAAAACAGAUUGAAGUUUCACUCCAAUUGCGACAAAAUGAAACUGACCCAUCUCUCCUUUGCGGAUGACCUCUUAAUCUUCAUUGAUGGAUCAAUUGAAUCGGUGCAACAGGUCCUGCAAGUUUUGAAAGAAUUUGAAAUGAGAUCAGGCUUAUCGGUUAGUAUGCAGAAAACUAGCUUCUUUGCAUCAGGUCUGACAACAGAGGAAGUACAAACGGUUCAAGCAUCAACGGGAAUGGCCCUUGGGAAAUUACUUUUUAGAUAUUUGGGUGUUCCUCUUGAUUCAAGGAAGAUCACUCUUGCCAACUGCGAGCCCUUGAUCCAGGAGGUAAAAGUAAAAUUCAACUCUUCGUCUGUAAAGUCGCUAUCUUUCGCAGGAAGAUUCCUCAUCAAAAUUGUCAUUGCUGGGAUCACAAACUUUUGGUGCUCUGCGUUUAUCUUGCCCAAGGCCUGUGUUGCUCAGAUCAACUCACUCUGCAGUAUCUUCCUAUGGAAAGGAAAUCUUGAAGGACAUAAUAAUGCGAGGGUUGCUUGGGAAACAGUGGUGCUCACCAAGAGGCAAUGCAGCCUAGGAGUAAAGGACUUAAAAACAUGGAAUAAAGCAUGCUGCCUUCGGCUUGUCUGGAUGCUAUUCUUUCGUCAAGACUCUGUUUGGGUAAUGUGGUUCAAAGAAGUCAUCCUCAAAGGAUCCAUUCACAACUACUGGACCACUACUCCAAAGCAAUCAUAUUCCUGGAUCUCAACUAACUUCAGAACGGGAGAGCUUUACACUUACCUUUCAGAUGAAAGGCAGGAUGUCCAAUGGCAUAAAGCAGUUUGGACUUCUAGAGGGAUUCCACGGCACAACUUUCAUACGUGGCUGAUAGUUCUAGAUAGGCUCCCUACUCGUGAUAGACUGGCUAGAUGGGGAUUACAAGUUGAUCAGCAGUGCCUCCUCUGUAACUCCUAUCCUGAAACCCGCGAUCAUCUCUUUGGAGCCUGUUCCUACUCACAUCAACUUUGGCGGCUCACGGCGAGCAGACUACCACUUUCGCCUCUAACUACCUGGUUGCAAACUUUAGACCAGAUGAUUUCCCUUCCCCCACCAGCCUCUUCACGUCUUCUCACACUCCUAGCUUGGCAAUCAACUCUGUACUGGAUUUGGAAUGAGAGGAACAGCCGACUUCAUGCAAACAACUACCGAUCAAUCGACACGAUCUUCUCCCAGAUUGACAGGCAGGUUAGAAACAAGAUCCAGAGCUUCAGAGAAUCCAAUCCUGUCCGAUCGUCGCAAAUGAUGCAACAAUGGUUUGCGUGA